CAUGUACAGACAACAAUCAAGAACACAGAACUAAGUACAAAAAUUUACCCAGUUAGCUCGCUACCAUAACUUGAAGAGUGACCUGUCAGUGUUUUGAGAGAGAGCAGGUAUUGAGGAUGCCAGAAGUACCAGAGGAAUUUGACGUAUUCCACCUGCCACAUGUGCACAUGAAGAAGAUCAAGAAGGAUAUUGACACAGAACUUUUGUGCACAGACUUCCACAGUGCGAGUGCCUUCCACUCACUCCUGGCUGCCCUGGACUCACAGUUCAAGGAGCUCAAGUGUCACGAGGAGAUAGAGGACCACCACAUCGUCGGGCUGCUGUUGUCACGACUACCCAACAAUGCCAAGACCACACUCGAGAAUGACCUCCACUCUGACAGCAGAUUGUCUGAGCUUGUGGUGCUUGUACACGAUGCUCUCCAUUCGGAGCCAGACAUGAGUGACUUGGAUCGUGUUGAGUUUGGGGGACGACUCAGGUCAGCCGUGUCCAGCUUCACCAAUGACCUCAUCCCACACAUGAAAGAAGAGGAGGAGGUAUUUCUUCCUCUGCUGGUUGAGUACUUUAGUGAGCCUGAGCUUCGUCAACUGAGACAGAGAGUCAUUGACCUUCAUCAGAUCAACAUCGCCAACGAUGGGGAGGCUGACGUGAACAGUUUCGAGUGGGAGCCCACUGUGCCAACCCUUGUAUCUCUUCCCCCGGAGGUCCUCCUCAAGAUCUUCUCAUAUCUGUCACCCCAAGACCUCCUCAGAUUGGCCUCUCUCCACUCUAAACUGGACAAGACUGCCUUUGACGGGUCGCUAUGGCACCACCUCCACCCUGUGGCCUGGGCUAAAGGACAGAGGAAGCUCAAUGCUCCAAAGCAGGCCCUUAGUGAGGAACAUCUUGCUGACAGUGCAGUCAUGGUCGAUGACAUCACCAAACAUUUAAUGAGUGUGGAGGGAUCAGUCAAUGCCUUCAUACCAUCAUUCAGUGAUGGUGAUGACUACAGUGUGACAGUGGAGAGAGAGGUGAGUGUAUUGUGUGGGGUCAUGGAGUACCUCUUGCCCAGAGUGGGCCUUCACAUCAGGACUCUUGACCUGGCCAACGGGAAGGCCAUUUCUAACGAAGUGGUGUUUCAAAUGCUACGUCAGUGUCCCAACCUCCGUUAUCUUGAUCUCUCACACACUGGAGUCUCAGACUUUGCCUUCAGAGGGAUGCUUGGUCGAGGACAAAGCAUGUGGCAGUUGGAGCACGUCGAUCUGACCGGCUGCUCGCUGGUCACAGACACCACUCUCCAACGCAUCUCCCAGGCCAUUACAUCGUCUCCUCUGCAGUCACAUGACAGUGGAGGUAAGAAAGGAUGGAAGGAAGAAGAGAUUGUGGAACCAAAGUUGAAGUCACUGAUUCUGUCCGGCUGUCACCUUGUCACAGAUGUGGGGCUCAGAUCCCUUGCACUUGGCGUUGGUCUUCCUUUUCUCACCUAUUUGGACCUAUCUGGGCUCCCAAACAUCACAGAUAGGGGACUGGAAGAUCUUGUGUCAGCCUCACCACAGCUUAACCCAGAGCUACUAUACUACUGUGACAACAUCCCGUCUGGUCCUUACUCCGACUGUGCCAAUGGCUGUCAGAAUGUUGACUCCUCCGAAAGACUCUGCUGUCGACGGCUCGUGUGAACUCAGACUCUGCAUUUAGCUAUUUGUGUAAGACAUUAAACAACGCUGCAUUAUUAUGUUUGUCCUCCCUCAUUUCACAUAAUAUAUCUCAUUUAUCCUAUGUUUAUCCCUGGUAUUUUCAAUGUUUAAAUUUUAGUAUCUCGUGACUCAGAAA